CAGUGAGGGGGCGUGGCCCGAGGCGCUGCCGGGGCUGUGUUCUUGUCAGGCGUCUUCAGUCUCGUCAGGACUUCGGCGAACGGCUAGCUACUUUUACGCUAGCUGGCUCAUUAAUGUGUUAGCCGCUUGUGUGCUCUGUAACACUUUUGUUUUCAACUCGGACUUUGUGCCGCUGCUCCUUCGUAGCAGGACUGCCGCUGCUGCUUGGUGUCACCUGCUCAUGGGCUAGAUGCUAAGAUAAACUAAGCUAAGGGCGUUUGACGGGUGGACACGUAGCUCCGCCCCCACCGCUGAGCCCGCCCCAGGUGUUUUGAAAAGACCUGACAGUGGGAGGGGCCAUGUCUUCCCGCUGAGUCGACACUUUCGGGCCACGAUGAGGCGGACGCCGCACUCGCCCCUCCCCUUCCUGCCGCUCCUGCUGAUGGCGGCCUCCCUGGCGCGGACGUCCCACUGCACCGCCCCCUUCCCUCAGGACCUGGAGCCCCUCAGCGUGGUGGGCCGCCAAGUGUCCUACGUGUAUCCCAGCUUCCAAGGUCUGACGGCAGACAACGACACUGAGCGUCUGGGUCUGGACUUCCAGAGGAUGCUGAGGAUCAACCACAUGCUCUACGUCGCCGCUCGGGAUCACGUGUUCGCCAUCAAUCUGGCCUCGUCUUCGGAGCGCAUCAUUCCGCAGCAGAAACUGACGUGGAAGACGAAGGACGUGGAAAAGUGCACCGUGAGAGGGAAGAACAGCGACGAAUGUUACAACUACAUCAAAGUGUUGGUGCCUCGUAACGACGAGACGCUGUUCGCGUGCGGCACCAACGCCUUCAACCCCGCCUGUCGCAACUACAAGAUGUCAACGCUGGAGCAGGACGGUGAGGAGCUGCUGGGUCAGGCUCGCUGUCCCUUCGAGUCGCAUCAGUCCAACGUCGGGCUUUUUGCAGGGGGCGACUUCUACUCAGCCACCAUGACAGACUUCCUGGCGAGCGACGCUGUGAUUUACCGCAGCCUUGGUGAAAGUCGCCCCGUGCUGCGGACGGUCAAGUACGACUCCAAAUGGCUGCGAGAGCCUCACUUCCUGCACGCCAUCGAGUACGGGAACUUUGUCUACUUCUUCUUCAGCGAGAUGGCGGUGGAGUACACCUCCCUGGGCAAGGUGGUUUUCUCCCGUGUGGCCCGGGUGUGCAAGAACGACAACGGCGGCUCGCCGCGGGUGCUGGAGCGCUACUGGACGUCCUUUCUCAAAGCCCGACUCAAUUGCUCCGUGCCCGGCGACUCCUUCUUCUACUUCGACGUGAUGCAGUCGCUCACCAGCGUGCUGCAGAUCAACCGCCGGCCGGCCGUGCUCGGCGUCUUCACUACGCAGGCCAACAGCAUCACCGGCUCCGCCGUCUGCGCCUUCUACAUGGACGACAUCGAGAAGGCCUUUAGCGGAAAGUUCAAAGAGCAGAAAAACAGCGAGGCGGCGUGGACGCCCGUGCCUGACGAGCAGGUGCCCAAACCCAGGCCCGGCUGCUGUGCCGGUGAGGGCCCCGCCGUCGCCUACAAGUCGUCCACCGCCUUCCCCGACGACACGCUGACGUUCAUCAAGUCCUACCCUCUCAUGGACGAGUCGGUGCCGUCGGCCAACAACAGACCGCUCUUCACUCGGACCACCAGCAGGUUCAAGUUGACCCGGAUCACAGUGGACACGUCAGCGGGGCCCAGCAAGAACUACACAGUCAUCUUCCUGGGCUCGGACAACGGUCAUGUGUUGAAGGUCCUCACCGGCACGGCGGGAAGCAACCAGUCCUUCGCCACGCGACUCCUGGAGGACAUCGACGUUUACAACCCCAACAAAUGCAACGUGAGGGGAGAGGACCGGCGAGUUCUGGGUCUGGAGCUGGACCGGGAUCAUCACGCCCUCUUCGUGGCCUUCACGGGCUGCGUGAUCCGCGUGCCGCUGAGCCGCUGCUCCGACCACGACGCCUGCAAGACACGCUGUCUGUCCUCUCGGGACCCGUACUGCGUGUGGCUAAAGGCGGGCAGCUGUGUCGCCGUGACACCUGGCUUUAGGGGCGUCUUCGAGCAGGACGUGGAGGACCACGCUGGUUUCCACGCGGACUCCUGUCACGACGUGUUGGCGACCACACGCAGGCAGAACACGGCGCUGGACUCCGCCUACGGGAAGACCACACCCACAAGUGCAGCCGCCUUCCCAAAGGGGGCAGGUGACCCCUUCGUGGGGGACCAAGGGUCACCUGACUCGGAGCCAAUCAGUGUGGAGAUGGAGGGCGUGAGACGUCCCCCCGAGGCGGACAAGUCCGACCACAGCGUCCACUACACGCUCCUCAUCGCGUGCGUCCUGGUGGCCUUCGUCCUGGGGGCCUUCCUGUCCGGCUUCCUGGUGUCCUGCUACUGCAACCGCGUAGGCCACAAGACCCGGAAGCUUCCCAAAGACCCCGAGGUGCAGAUCCCGCACGCUCUGUCUCUCCGCAACCUGGCUAAGCUCAACGGCCUCCUGGACGGACCAAGCAAGGAGGACAAGCUGGAGGUGUCGUCCCCCAAGAUCUACAGUUCCUUGUUCCCCAGCAGCAAGGAGCUGCUCCCGCCCAGGAGGUGCGCUCCUCACGGAAUGAGCAUGGGGGACUUGGUGCACCCCUUGCGUCCCCCCUCUGAGCUCUCCGGGCUUCCGACUCCAGACUCCACCCCGGAGCUUCCCAUGAAGAGCAUGAAGGCUUUCAAGAACCACUGGGAGAAGAACCACAACUGCAACAACGCCUGUAGACCCUCCUCAGCUGUCACGCCCCAGCAGGUUUUCACUUACGGGGGCCAGUUUCUGGGGGCGGGGCACCUGCAGCCUGACGACCGCAAAGUCCACAACCUGUCCCAGCAGCCCUAUCCCGCCUACGCCCACAAAGUCAUGGAGGUCACCUCCUUAGACGAGCUCCUCAAGCACAUUCACGAAGGGGGCGGGGCAAAGACCCCUCAGCUGAUCAGCCCGUCGGGUUUGGCGGCUGGCGGGGCUGGGGGCCAGCUCGCCUACGCCAACCGCGUCCAACCUCAGAUUCCGGAAACUGAGUCAGCACCAUACUACAGCUCAUCCACGUUGCCCCGAGACAGCCUCACACGGCGCAUGGACGUCCCCCCCGACUUGCCUCCCCAGCACCUGUCCACGCUUGAGAGGAGACAGUCCUCCCAGAGGCACUCGCUCAUCGCUGCCGCCGCUAAGAUGCCCAGCGGUGGUGGCGCCGUGAUCCCUCGCCACCACAGCUUCAGCCAGCGCACAUGCGGCGCCCACCAACAUCCGCCGCUGCUCGCGCGCAUGAACUCCACAGGUAGCGCCGGCGAGGGCCACUACCCCCUCCUCCCGCACGGCUACCUGGCGCGCCAGCACAGCUACAACAUCGAGCAGCACGACACCCCGCAAAGAGGGGCCGUCGUACGACGAGGCCCCUCCCUAAAACCCGACACCCCCCCCAAACCGCUCUUCAUACCCGCCUCGUCGCCGCUCAGCCAGCAGCCCAACAACUUCCACUACUAGCUCGCCGUCUUUAAAAUGGAGGACCGCCGACUUAAAGAUGAGCCUUGUACCAUAUUGGUAUUGUUCUCUUUUACAUGACUCGUUACGUGGACGCUGGCUGCCAGCACACCGACUACAACUCUGAGCACCACGACAGCUAAGCUAAAAGCGAAGCUAACAGCGAUGCAAACAGCGAUGCUAACGUUGCACAACCGACUACGGGAAAGUGGGUGGAGCCUGUUCUUGUUUUUGCGUAUCAACUUUAGCGAUGUCGUCAUGUUGCAAACCAGAAUGUCUUUCUAUUAUGCAUGUACAGUAUGUGUACAUAUAGACUGUAUGUGCGUGUGCAUAUAUAUCACUAUAUAUGUGUAUGUAUGUAAGCUGUGGUGAAAAGCUAGCAGGAAAGUCACUUUUGUAUUUGCCUUAUUACUCUCCCAACACACCUGACAACCUUGCACCUGCCAGUCCGGUUUGGAGUUAACCCUUCUCUGUCCACAAAGGACGUGUACACACGCUGUUUAUUUCAGAUUUAAUUGCGCUGUUAGCGUUCCGAAGUGGACUGGUGGGCGAAGAAGUGUCUUCCUGACUUGAUUAUUAUUUGUUUCUUUCUUGGUCUUUUCUCUCUCUUUUUUUUUUAAUGACUCUGUAAGCUUAAGGCUCGCUGAAGAACUUUGACGUUUCUUUGGGAACGUUUCAGUCCGCCUGGGGCAUCACAGACGAGUGAGGCGUCAGCGUCUUUUUCACUGGGAACAUUUUGGACCAGCAGAGGCCAACAGUCCCAUACAAUAAUUGUGGCUAAAGCUUGUAAAUAAAGAAAUAUUCCUGAUGAGCCAAA